AUGGUGGAGAAGACAUACCUGCGCUACGCCGUUGGGCCACAGGGCGGCGCUGUAGUGAGCAAUGCCUCUCUCGCGAUGGAUGUCGCAGUGGUGCCGUCUCGCUACACUGCCGCCGCCACCGGCAGAAACGCCUGCCCGCGCACUAGCUCUUUUAGCCGAGGGGGCCGUGACAUCAGUAGUCGCUCGGUCCUUGCUCCCGUGGUCACCACGUCGGCGGCGGCGGUCUUCGUGCCGUCUCUCGAGGCCGUCCGCGUCUACUCGGUGCGCAGCGGAGAGCUGCUUCACACUCUCAUCCCUGCCGAAGUGAAGAUGCCGGUCGAGGUCACCACCCUGCGCGUUGUGCCUAUGGAGGCGAACCAACGUGGCGGCAAGCUCGGUGCCGACGUGGAUGCGCACAAUGGCAGUGGUGCCGCGUCGCAGCAAUACAGCACCGGCUGGCUCUUAUUUGUCGGGUACUCGAACGGCUACGUGGCGGUGUUCUCGUGCAGUGCUGCCAACAACUACGGCCUGCCGGUGUGCCGCUUCUACGCGCUUGGCCACCGCGUGGACACGCAAGUGCUGGCCGUUGCUGUCGACUCGCCCCGCUCGAUGCUGUGCUCGGCAGGACAGGACACCGACAUCACGGUCUGGGACCUUGUAAGCCAAGAGGCGUCGUUCCGCCUGCGCGGGCACCGCGGUGGUGUUGUGGCUCUGGCAGUUGUGCACCCCUCGUCUAUCAGCACCGGCACCGUUGGUGAUAUGCGCAGCACCGCGUUCGACCGCACGCUGCUGUUGAGUGGAUCGGCAGAUGGCCUGGUAAAGACCUGGGACCUCAUCCUGCGCCAGUGCCUCCACACUGUCAUCGCCUCUGACACGCAGAUCACCGCCAUGGUGGCGGACUCGCAGGGACGCCGCCUCUACUGUGGUCUGCGAGAGAAUUACUUGAAGGUAUACAAUACAGAGCCGCUGCUGGCCGCGGCAGAGCAGAGCGGCACCACGAACGCGCGCAACGGUACCUCCGCCGAGGCGAAGCUGGAGGAUGGCGCGAUCCUUGACCACGGCACGGUACCGCGCAAGUACCACAAGCCCAUCACAGCACUUGACUUCUCGCACGACGGCGCCUUUAUUGUGGGGUGCACAAGUCGCACCGUGGAGGUGUUCCACGUGCUGACCGCCGAGGAUGUGAAGAAGAAGCUGUACCGCAAGCGUAAGCGACGACGUGGCCCGGGGGCGGCGGCAACGGCGACAGGGAUGACAACCGACGGCGACGACGGCGCAGAGGGGGAGAACAAGGAGGCGGACGCAGGUCCUAAGAACAACAUGGGUAAGAAGGCAAGCCGUAAGAGGAACAAGAUGGGCAACACGGUGGGCGAGGAUGACGGUGCUGAAGACGGCGACGACGACGACGACGGAGACCAUGCGGGCCCGUCGCACGGUGGCACCACCGCACGCGCCGCCACGGCUGUGGCGGCGACAGCUGCGGAAGAGGUAGUCUCUCUGCGCGCUUUCUUCCUCCCACAGAAGAUCCGUAGUGUGCACUUCGUGCCGCCGACGGCCCGCGAUCAGCUCAGCGAGGUCGACACACUGCACAUCGCCGUCACGUACAGUAGCAACACGAUGGAGACCUUCACGACGACGCUGACGACGAGCGACCGCGAAGGUGCGUCGGUGUUGACGCUGACGGAUCUCAAGCCGCGCCACACCUUUGACUGGAAGGGCCAUCACAAUGACAUUCGCGAAUUGGCUUUUGUCGACACCGACACGGCGCUGCUGUCGAUGAGUAAGGAGAAGGUGAUGAUGUGGUCGCUGACAGUGAAGGAAGACCUGCUGGAGAGCGACCACCUGGACAAUCAUGACUUCUACGAUGCCAAGGAAGCAAAUCUGGCACGCGUGGAUUUCAAGGGCGCGCUGAACAACGUGGGCAGCGUGGACGUCGAAGGCGCGUCCUGCAUGUCCGCCAUCUCCUCCUUGCUCUGCUGCGUCGGUCAACAGGACGGGUCAGUCUUGCUGCUCGACGUGGCGUCGUCUGCCCUGCUGUUCCGCGACACGGCCAUCCACGUUGGCGGUGUUAAGCACAUCGUGCGGAAGCCGGACGGCGCGGGCUUCGUCACACUCGGGGCCGAUCGUCGAAUACUUUUCUGGUCCAUCGGACUCACCGAGGACAAGGGGGUUCAGAACGCGGAUAGCAGUGGCGCAGAUCGUGGCGAGGAUGACAAUGCAAUGACAGCAGGGGCUGGGGGCAGCGGUGCCACCCUCGUGCAGGAGCAGGAGAUUGAGCUGACAGAGGCCCCGCUAUGCGCCGCCUUCAGCCCGGAUGACCGUUUCUUUGGGGUGGGUCUGCAGAACAACAACAUCCAGCUCUUCUUUGCGGAUAGCAUGAAGCCGUACCUCUCUCUCUUUGGGCACAAGCUGCCUCCGACGUCGCUCUCCUUCUCCACUGACGGCACGCUGGUGGCCUCCGUGGGCAUGGACAAGUCGUUGCGCUUCUGGGGUACUGACUUCGGUGACUGCCAUCGCGCCAUCCACGCCCAUGACGACUACAUCACGCAGGUGGAGUUCCUGCAGGACACGCACUACGUCUUCACUGUGUCCAUGGACGGGUCCGUGAAGCAGUGGGACGGCGAUAACUGGAUAAUGAUCCAGCUCUUCCGUCAGCACCAGCGCGGUCUAUGGGCAGUGUCCGUAACCGCCAAUAGCACGUGCGUCGCGACCGCGGGCGCUGACCGAUGCAUCCGCUGCUUCCUGCGCACGCAAGACAUCGUCUUUCCGCACGAAGAGGAAGCACGCAUGGCGCAGGAAGCGAUGGACGAGGAGACCGCCAAGCGCGCGGCCCUGCAGAGGCUCGACGGGGGGGACGCAAACGGUACCGGGGCCGCUGAGGUGGGCAUUGCAGGCCAGCAGACGGCCACAACGGCGGAGGCGGCGGAGAGGCUGAUGGAAGCACUAGACAUUGUGAACGUCGAGCAGCAGCGCAAGCAGCGCGGCGACGACACGACGCCGCGCCACCCGCUGCUGCUGAACAUGUCGGAGUGGGAGUUUCUGUGGUCUACCAUCGAGACGAUCCGGCCGAGCGAGCUGCGCUACACGCUGCUGUCGCUCACCAGCAUCCACGUCGAUGCGCUGCUGACGGCGCUAGAGUCAAUGCUGACGGAGAAGGCCGUGCUCAACUACGAGAUAGCGUCAAAGGUGGUUCUUGCGCUUGUCAUGAUACCCGCAGAGUCGGCACCCAUUCAGGGGCUGCGCGCCGCCGCCGUCCGCGGCGAAGUCUCUGAAGUGCGAGGUGCUCGUCGUCUCGCCGUGCUUCGCCGGUGCAUCUCCGAGGGCCUGGAUGAGAGCGUCAGCCGCAUGGACUACAGUGUAGCUGGCUUACACCUCGUGCGUCAGCACCUCGAGGACACGGAGAAGGUCAAGUUCUUCGACUGUAGCAAAGCACAAGGGUACAAGCGCAAGUACCACAGCCGCGCGCUGUUCACAUCAGAGGGCAAGCACUAA